AUGUCACAUUUAUUAGAAAUAUUAGUUACCAGCGAUUCGAAUAACACGUUGUGGACGAGCAGUAUAUGGGAUCCACACACCGGUACCAGUUUAAUGUCAUAUCGUGGAGGCGGUACAGCUGAGCCUAAAACACUUUUAUUUAUCGGAAAGGAUUAUGUUGCAGCUGUAGAAAGGACUAAACCUAUAUUGCACGUCUGGGCCGUAAAUUCGCAACAAACUGUGCAAGGCAUGCGUUUUAUUUUACCGGGUAAAGCGAGUGCCUUUGCAGUUUCCCCCGACGGUGCUUACUGCAUUGCUGGUAUUGAAGAAAAGAUAUAUUUGUGGCAGUUAUCCUCAGGGAGCCUGUUGACUAUUAUCACUCGCCACUAUCAGAAAAUCAACCACCUUAAAUUUACGCCUGAGGGUCGCUUUUUUGUAUCAUCAGCUGAGGAUGGAAUGGUUAUGAUUUGGUCUCUAGCAAUGGUUGCAGCUAAUCCUGAAGUUGAACUUGUAACCCAGUCAGUAGCUGGACAACACGAUCCUUUGUAUAUCUUCUCAGACCAUUCAUUACCAGUGACAGACAUGUGUAUUAGUAAAACUGGCAUUCAUGGAAGACUAUGUACAGUAUCAAGCGAUCGGACUUGUAAGAUCUAUGACUUGUCAUGUGGGGAAUUGUUGUUGAAUUUGGUAUUUGAUGAGCCGUUAGCUUCAGUCACCUUAGAUGUAUUGGAUUUAAAUAUCUUUGUCGGCACAACAGGAGGAAACAUACACCAAGUUAGCCUAACAAAUGUCCCCCGAAAUAGAGACUGUCUAAUGAAUGACUUAGAAAAUGUGCUUAUUUUUUCAUCACAUACUAAAGCAGUCACAUGCCUAUCGGUGUCUUUGAAUGGGGAAAUAUUAGUGUCAGGUAGUAAUGAUGAACAAGUAAUAUUGUGGCACAUUAAGAGUAGACAACCUCUUAGAACAAUUAGACACAAGGGACCUAUUACUAAUGCAUUUUUUACUACCAACUUGGAUGCCAUUUAUAAACAGGAAUUUUCUCCUAAUAUUAUUCUACACAGUCUGGAAAGAACUUUAGAAAAGGAUAAUGAAGAAUUAAAUGAAAUAGAAAUACUUGUUGACAAAAGAAUAAACUUUUGGCCUCAAACUGACAAAGAUUUCAAUAUAGAUAUUGUCACUAAAGAAAUUGAGUUAGAAAAUAAGAAUAACACUUCAACCUUAGAAAAAGAGCUAGUUAAUAUGCGAACUAUCAAUGCUAAUUUGUAUAAACUAUGUGUUGAUAAGGCACUGAAUACAAUACCAGAGGUUAAAGGAAAACCAAAGAGAAAAAUAAGAAGUUGUAGUGAGAUGUCGAAGGCUGUGCUAAUCCCGGAGUGCAAAAAGGACAUAGGGGGUGUUAAGGGGGAGCUGUGUAUAUCGCCAAAUGACAAGAAAGAUGGUGCGAUUGGUUUGUUUAGCAGACUCCUACGUCUGGACGCAUUAAGUAAGAGGAAUACACCAGAUAGUCCUACAUCUGUUGAGCCAUCAACUACUUACUAUGGAGUGUACAUACCAUGCGAAAUUAAGAAAGGCCCCGAUGAAGAAGCUUUACAUGUGUACAAAACAAAGUCAGAAGCAUUAGAACUAGUGCGAAGGUACAAAUCUGCAAGAUUCAAAGUUUUUAAGAAUCACCAAGAUGCUGUUUCUUUUGCAUUACGAGGAGCAGAAUCUAAUGAUGUACCAGAUGGAAAUGGAAGUACUCUUAAGGGGGAAAAGCCAUACCCAUUUAAGGCGCCUUCACCACAAGACAUGGUGGCUCUCCGAAAAGCAAUUGAGGCAGGGCUAACUUGCACAGUCAGAGAUCGAGUGUGGGACAAUCCAAGAUAUCUAGUUAGCAGCGGGAAUACACCAGCUAUCAUACAAGAAGGAUCGCGCUACAAUGCCCUACAUGUGGCAGCUAAAGCACUUAAUGCUGAGAUAUGCAAUCUUCUCCUCACCACUGUGGGCAACCCUACCUUCGUACACACUUUAUAUGGUGUUGAUGCUGACCCGGACGAUUGUAAAGAGUUUGCUGCUAUUCUAGUUGACAGAUAUUUAAACACACCCGACAAAGCAAUGAACGAGACUCCGCUACACUUUGCUGCGAAAUUUGGAGCGGAACAAGUGGUCGAUGUGCUGACGUCCUUUCCGCAAUGCAACAGAACCGCGAAGAAUAAAUAUGGCGAGAUGGCGAAAGAUAUAAUUUGCAACCGCGUAUCAAAAUCUAACCCAGAAACAAUACGACGUAUAUCGUGCAUGUUAUCAGAGCGUUACUACGUGCCCGUUGUCCAUGCUGAGGACGAGAGUAGCCCGCCUACUAUCGGAAAACCCUUUACACCAGCUUCACCACCUGAGCUGAAUCGAGAUCCGCUAUCUCCAAGAUUGGAGAUUCGAGCUUUCGCGGGACCAAUGGAAGCGGAAGAUGCGGAGAGUUUUAGACGGAAGUGGAAAACGCCGCCCAGGUCUUUGAAACCGGCCAACUUUCGUCUCAAAGAUAUCUCCAAAGGCCUCGAAUCCGUUGGCAGGAACCUCGCUGAACAAAUGAACGUGACGUGGAGGGAAUACUGGCCGUUCCUAGACACUUUCACCGACCUCCGUUCACAAGAAGGGCUGACCUUACUCGAAAAUUACCUCAAGAGAAAACACUCGUCCGAUUACUCCAUUGUUGACACAAAUUCCCAACUAGAGUCCCCUAAAUCACCAAAAAGCACCCAAGACGCUCUAAGCCCCAUGUCGGAGCUAUGCAACGCUCUUAAAUCCUGUAGUUUAAGCGAACGACCACAUUGGAAGCGAACAGACCCAGUGAGACAGAGGCUAUGCAGACAGCCAAAUGCCAGACCAAUCAAUGGUGACACUGUAUCACCAAUAAAUCAUACAGUGAGCCAACUACUGUGCAUAGAACGUACCUGCCAAGUGUUCGCUAAAAGGAUUGCGGACGCUCUUAUAUUCUCUUUGACAGCGGAAGCAGAAGUCGCCGGAGACUCUUUGAAAUCCGAAGCGAAGCACCUGCAACACACAAUUUAUACUUACAUGGAUGAUGAACGAUUCAAGUCAAUAAAUUUCGCCCUCAUACACUCGAGACUGGCCCAACUCGUUGUGUUCAAAUUGAAACAGCAGUCGAUCGAUUUUGACGAUAUCAGUAAUCUGGUUGAGUUCCUACAAAAGUUAAGGUGCCCGAAUGACGAACUAUUCAGCUCUGAUGAUGAGAAAAGGCCGUUUACACACAGGGAAAGGCUGAAACUAGGGAAGGUGGUCGAGGGUCACGUCCGUUGUGUGGCCAGCUUUAUUUCUGAGGAGUUGACUGAGAAUGAGGGUGCUAUGGGGCCGGCUGUUUCUGAAAUUGAAUGCGCUGAUAUUUGGGACAAGGCGGCUAAGUGCAGAUGCGAAUGGAAAGUCGAUAUGUUCGAGAGGAAUAGCAAGAAAAAUGCUUCGUUCAGGAAAAAUAGAUCCUAUGGUAGUCCUAAAAGCGAAAACUUCAUUCGGCGACUCACGUUUGAUCAAUAUAUAGGCGAUGGCAAACUCAAUACAGAAAGUGAAAAACCACUGAAUAUGAACUCGCCGGGCGGGGACAAUGUCCAAACUCUCUACACUGUGGACGUCGCUAAAUGUCAUGUCGUUAACGCUGAGAUAUCAGACGACGAUUCUGACGCGCCUGAGUCGGAUUCGGAAAACUACUUCACUGCGCAAGAGUCGGCCGAAAGCUCUGAUGACGAAAUGUUUGACGCUAGCGACAGAGCGCUGGUCGAGUGUUUUAUAUAUGGAGAAGAGCCAUCUAAGAUGGAUAGAUUAGUGUUCGAUGCGAUUGCGCAGUGCCCGAUAUCGGCGGAAGAGUUUCCCAACGUGUCCCGGUGGAGGAACGGUGUGGCGUGGUAUUCUGAGCAGGAAAGAGAGAGUUGGCAAGCAACAUCAAACUUCGACGGUAGCAUAGUGUCUACAAUAUCGUGGAGCAUUUGCACUUCGCCACGUACCCCGCGCUCGGGUCAAGUGACGCCCGUGUGCAGUACGCCAAACCGGGAGACCACGCCCAACACCACGCCUACCCAAGAUGAAAGAUCGGUAUCCUUGCAGGUAUCGAACUGGUUACGAGUGACAGGACCAAAUUCGCCCCGUUCCGCGCUCAGUAGCAAGCACGUCAGUCACAACGUGAGCUUCGGUUUCUGA